UGGUUGCGCCGAUCAGAAGGCGCGAGUGCUAGUUGACAACAAGAGACGUUUACCGCAAAAGCGAGGUUUUCGUGACGAAAAAUCCAUGAGACAACAACGUAUAUAUCGAGUAUCUUGUGUGGAGUGAGCCGAAUAAUUUGCUCUGUGGUCGGGUCCCGUGGAAAAUUAUGAAGAGACGAAAUGCUGAGAUCGGUAAAAUGAGAAGACCCAUGAAAAGGAACAAAAUAACCGAGGGAUUUUACGGAAGCACUGUCCUCUAUUUGAAGUUCUUGAUCAUCUGGGUGCUGGUUAUACUCGCCGACUUCAUCCUGGAGUUCCGGUUCGAGUUCCUAUGGCCGUUCUAUCUUCUCGUCCGGUCCGUUUACGACUCGUUUAAGUACCAGGGAUUGGCGUUCAGCGUAUUCUUCGUAUGCAUCGCCCUCACUUCGGAUAUGCUGUGCUUCUUCUUCAUACCGGUGCAUUGGCUGUUCUUCGCCGCCAGCACGUACGUCUGGGUGCAGUAUGUUUGGCACACAGACAAAGGCAUAUGUGCCCCCACGAUCAUCCUAUGGGUACUGUUCGUUUAUCUGGAGGCGGCCGUGCGGUUACGCGACGUGAAGCACAUGCCCGGUCAUCUGGACCUAUGUAGACCGUUCGCCGCCCACUGCAUCGGCUAUCCGGUCGUCACGUUGGGUUUCGGAUUCAAAUCGUACGUCGGCUACCGCAUCAGACAGCGGAAGCAGCGCGAGGUCGCGAAAGAGAACGAGUUCUACAUGCAGCUGAUACAACAGGCGUUGCCGGUCGACAUGAAUCCGGCCAUCCAGCAGCAGAAGGAGUUGCAGAACUCGAACGGUGAAGGCGGGGGAAACACGGGCGGGGGAGGAGGAGCUCUGGUGUUAGCCCACCAACCGCACCAUCAGGGACACAGAGUACACAACAACAGACAAUCUCACGAAAAAAACGGACACAUACCGAACGGUACGAUAGCGAAUGGCGUGCAGCACGGCUCGAAGUCGCACCACAGGAAGUCGAUGGAUAAGUGUAAAGAGCAUGAUCACGAUCAUCGCGAGGGCAGACAGCAUAAGUCCAAUCAUAAUCAUUCGCACAGUAACGGUACGGCCGUCGGCGCGGGCGCCGACGACGGUCUAUCCAAUCAGCACGAUUCAUCCAGCGCAAGCGACACGCAACCACCAACCACACAGACGGCGUCAAAGCCGACGUCUGCGUCGACGAGACGCGCUCGCAAGGAACAACAACAGGAUAAUGGCCAUCGCGAAACCCUGGAAACGGUGCAGCGUCUCGAGGCUGACGUGAAACGUCUGCGCACCGAUUUGCAAAGCAGCCGCGCCAGCGAACAGGAGCUGCGUCUCCAGGUGGCCGCCCUGACGACUGGCGAAAAAGUCUCCAGAGGCGAGUUGGCGUCGAUGCAAAGGGAAAUGGACGAGCUGCAGCAGAGGCUGCAAAGUGUGCAGACGGCCCGCGCCGCCGACAAGCAAACCAUAAGCGGGCUGGAGAGAAGACUGGCCGAUGAAAGGAGGACGCGUGCCGGCCUCGAGGCUCAGAUUGCACAGGAACGCAAAACGCGCAAACAGGAGGAGGCGAGGGCCGCACAGGUGGCCGCACAACAACAGCAGCAACAACAGCAACAGUCAUCGCGAGGCGAGUGUACGGACGCGUGCAGGACGCGACGUCGCGAACUCGAGACCGAGGCAUCGGAGGCACGCACGGCCAAACACUGGGCAGAAGAAAAGUGCGCCGCUCUUGAAAGAGAGAAUGCCGCAUUGGCUGAACAACUACGCGAAACCGACAUAUUAAUGUCGGCCCUUAGUGCCAUGCAGGAGAAAACGGCACACCUAGAGAAUUCGUUGUCCGCAGAGAACCGCAUCAAGUUGGAUUUGUUCAGUGCGUUAGGGGAAGCUAAACGUCAACUCGAGAUCAGGGACAGCGCGAACCGCGCCCAGGAGAAGGAAAUCGAGGAACUGAAGGGCAAGAUAGCCCAAGUGCUGGCGGUGAUGCCGAACGACACAUUCGGCGGUGCGACAGCGGGCGGUGCUCCCUCUCAGUCGCCCAGCGUGGCCGUCACGAUGGCGUCGCGUGUUCGCCUCGGCGACGGAGUAGUGCCGGCUAACACGCCGCCCGGCUCGACGCUCGACCCGAACGCGACGGCCUACACGCCCAAGAACUCGCUCAUCACGUCGACCGAAGCCUAGUGUGACCCCCGACCCCCUCACUACUGUUCCGAAUCAACAAACCCCUGCCCUCUGUCUAUUUCUCUCUAUUCGUCCCCUGGAUUUUUUCACCUGAACUGACAUGUUUUUUGGUAACGAGAAGCGCGAGUCGCGCACUGGAAUACGACAAGUGUGUCUUUGAAGAAUUAAAAAUUUGUUUUUUACUUUCGAACUUGACUAUGUUCAUUUGAAUGUAUUUUAUUCCAACACGUGAACUUUUUGAUUUAAUUCUUUGAUUUCAUUUGAGCAGUGUAUAACAAAAAUGAUUAGAAAAUCAUUUUUAUUUAUAAACUGCCCGACUUUGCACAUCACACGGCAGAUCACUUGUCGUUUUUCUGGUGUGUGUUUUUUAUAGUCUUUUUUGUUAGCUUAUUUAAUGUGAUAUAUAAUUAUUUAUAAUUUAUUGAACGGCGAUACGAGUCAGAAUUUAAACAAACGCCGAAAACGGUGACUACAGUUGAUCUCCCGUUCAAAUUUUGAUUCGUAUUGUGAUGUUCACAUGACUAAAAAAAAUAAAGUUUAAAACGGUCCUUCUUGUUUUGCGGCCUGUUUAAACAGGAUGUUGUGAUAAAAGUGUAUUUAAAACAAGAAAAAUGGUCAACCUGUAUGCAACAUUUAUGUUAUAAAUAUUGUUUUUUAUUAACAGUGAAAUGUAGCGACUUUCAACCCAUAAAUAUUGCAUAUAAGCAAGAAAAACGUAAUGUUUUGUCAAUUAGGACGAUUUUGUUAAUUUAUUUAUUAUUAUUUAAUUUACGUAAAUUGUACAAUAAUACCAGUCAAAUUUGUUUUGCUUGUUGCAUGAUGAUUAUUUUCCUAAAGCCACACGAAUUCAUUAUUAUGAACUCAAAAAUCAACAAUGUUGUAUUAAGUAAUUUGUAUAGUCGUGUGACAAAAAAGUACUAUUUAGUUUAAUUCAAAUUGUUAAACAAAUGGAAACUAUUCCAGCUGUGAUAAGUUUUGUUUCAUAAACAAAAAACUUUUAAACUUUAUUAAUUUAGGUGGUGUAUAACACUAAAAAUAAACUUUGCAAUGCUAUUAUUGUACUGUUUUGUUUUUUGUUUUAUUUUUCGAAUUGGACUUUUAUUUGGGUUGAAACAUGUCUUUCAAGUGUUGUAUAUUGAUUUAUUUGUAACUCGAAAACAUGGAAAACUUGAAGUGAUUUUUGUUGAGAACUUAACUGUUAAGGAAGCACUGUACUUAAUAUAUUUUUUAAUUGUUUAUUUAACGUCGAAUUGACAUUUUGUUUUUUAUAUGUAUAAAUACAGGAAUAAUUCUUU